ACAGUAAUUAGUAAUAAUGGAGCUGCAAAGAAGAAAAAGGUACAACAGAGAUCAUACCUGUCCUGUACCACGAGCCACUCGUUGGCGUCAGUCUAACGAUUCUUUCGAAACAUUGCCAGAAAGUACUAGCACUAAACAUUAUUCAAACUACCUCCAGUUCUCAGAAGAGCUAAUUGAGGCUAACCUGAUGUGUCAAGAAUCUACAUUUACUAGUACAAUCUUACAAAGUGACAAAUUUACAGAUUUAGAUUUAGAUUUGGAAAUAGAAGCCCUAAGUAGUGGCAGUAGUGAUGAGUCAGCCUCAGAUGUUGAAGAUACUGACUGCAGUGCCCUUUGUAGUUUGAUCAAUACUGCUACUGAGAAUGCUGAUAACGGCAGUUUAGGCUCUGUUCUUUCUGACAUUGAUGGCGAAGAAACUGAAUCUGUUGUUGAUGAUGCUGUAGUUGAUGAUUGUUUACCAUUAAUUCACACAGGCGACAGUAAUGAUUGGGAUAUUUUUGAUAUUGAUAUUGGAGAUGAGCUGUUAUCAACAACUGAACAAGUGUUUGACAAAUCAGGAGUAAGUGUUGCAGCAGCGUGGCAUGGGAUUAUGGACUUCGCCAUUCACCAUCACCUUCCCUAUUCGGCUAUACAAAAUUUGUUAAAAUUACUUUCCUUUAUCUCACCUGAAAACAAUCAUCUUCCGAAGACUCUGCAUUUACUGAAAAAGCAAUACAAAUUAGAAGUUCCAGAAAAGAAAAAGUAUUGUUCUCAUUGUCUUCAGAUUGUUCCAGCAAAUGAAGCUAAAUGUAGUAAAUUAGUGUGUAAAAAACUUUGUGCUGAUAUUUGUUGGUAUGUACAUGUACCUAUUGCUGAACAGAUAAAAGUAUUAUUUGAAGAAUGUUGGGAGAUUCUGCAAUAUCCAUUUACACGAAGGACGGAACCUGGUUACUUACAUGAUAUACAUGAUGGAUCUGUUUUUUUAGAAUUAAGUAAGUCAGGCCGCUUUUUUUCAUACAGAGAACACACGGGGUUAAUCUUAAAUACCGAUGGAGUAGCUACUUUUCAAUCUACAAUGCACACUCUUUGGCCAAUUUAUUUUGCUGUAACGAGCUUACCCCCACAUUUGCGAAUGAAUAAAGAAUAUAUACUACUUGGAGGAGUCUGGUUUGGUCCCAAGAAGCCCAACAUGUCAAUAAUUUUGGAACCCGUGUUGAAGGAGUUGCAUCAACUAUAUUGUUCUGGAGUUGAGGCAAAAAUUUCAGGCAUCACAACAGUGAUUCGAGCAAAGUUGCUUUUGUCAGUCUUUGAUCUACCAGCCAAAGCAGCUGUUGUGAACUUGAAACAAUUUAAUGGUCGAUAUGGCUGUCUUUACUGUACUAAUCCUGGAGAAAAUGUUACUCCAGGAUGUUCUGUUUAUUUGCCUUCUGCUCAACAACAUGCCACAGAGCGAACCAACUCACUUAUGAUUGCAUGGGCAUCAGAUGCUGAAAUUGGUGGUGAAUCUGUGUAUGGUGUCAAAGGUCAUUCUAUUUUGUCUUCAGUAAUUGACAUAGUGAAUGGUGUCCCAAUCGACUACAUGCACGCUGUCCUAGAAGGUGUUACUAAAUACUUCACUUCAAUGUGGUUGAAUUCAAAAUAUCACCAAUGUUCGUUCUAUCUUGGGAGGAAAACAAAAGAAAUAGAUAAAAUACUACUGCAACUUAAGCCUCCUGGGCAAUUUCAUAGGUCUCCAAGGGAAAUUUCUCAUAUAAAAUUGUGGAAGGCAUCUGAACUACGUGCAUGGCUCCUAUUUUAUUCACUUCCAAUCUUGCAGCAUUAUUGGCCAUCAGAAUAUGUUCAUCACUGGUCUCUCCUUGUCUUUUCAAUGCAUCUAUUGCUAUCAAGCAGAAUUGCUAUAAGUGACAUUGAAGUUGCUGAAAGUGCAUUAAAGACAUUUUAUCAAAGGGUACCUGAAAUGUAUGGUGAUUCUGCAUGUACAGCUAAUGUCCACUCUUUAAUUCAUGUGACUCAGAUGGUGAAACUAUGGGGUCCAUUAUGGACACACUCAUUAUUUGGUUUUGAAAACAUGAAUGGACAUAUCCGUAAAUUGUUCCAUGGUACAAGACAGAUACUAGACCAAUUAGUAUUUUAUGUCACAGCUCAUAGAUCUUUAUGCUUUCAGACUAGACUCCUUUGUGCAGAACAUGAGAGAUGUUACUUCAGUCAAUUUGAUUGUGACUCUAGUGUGUCGGGUUAUUCUUUUGAAGGAAAGAGUCAUAAAGUUUCAUUGCCAUUGGAGCUACAUGCUAUAGUUGAGCAUUUUGUUAGUCAUAAAGUCGUCAAUACUCAUACCUUAAGCAGUAAGUUUCGCAAAGGAUGUACACUGUAUAGUUGUAAGUAUUUUUCACAAGAAAAAUCUCGCAAUAGCAAUGUCUGUUUUUUUGAAGCAAUAAAUGGAGAAAUAAAGAUUGGAUGUAUCAAGCUAUUUCAUAUAGAUUUUAAACUUGCACUUAUCACUCCAUUCAAUGUUACUGGUAGAUUUUUGUCGUCAUUGAGGAAAUCGAGAAAUGAUACAGUUGCUGAGGAAUGCGGAAAGCUAAUGAGUAUGAAUUUUUUUUUUGUAGUUGAAGACACAAAUACUCAACUUGCUAUUCCUCUUCACAAUAUUUUGGAGAACUGUAUAUUAUUAGAAAUUAACAAUGACAAACUAGUAGUGAAGUCUCCAAAUGAGUUUGAAUUUCAUUGAUUAAUCAUUAUUAUUUUAUCAUUAUUAUAUCAUUUCACCAUUAACAAUUAUAACAAAAAGUAAUGCAUUUUGUGCCAAAAAUAAUUGAAACUUUAGUUAAAAUGAGUAUAGAUCUUGGUAAGGUCUUAUUAAGAUCUUGGCACUUUUGGGAUCUUGGCUUUAUCUUACCAAGAUCUCAGCAAGAUCCCGUAAGAUUUUUCUCCUGGGUGGCCAACCAAGGGACAUAUUGAACUGAAAGAUGUCUCCUAUUGUCACUCAAAUGAAGGACCAUUUGUACUUAGAGGAAUUACAUGUGAUAUUAAACCUAGUGAAAAAAUUGGUAUUGUGGGUCGUACUGGAGCUGGUAAGUCAUUUCUCAUUGGGGCAUUGUUUAGACUAGCUGAACCAGGUGGUAGUAUUAAAAUUGAUGGAGUAGAACUCACUCAACUGGGACUCCAUGAUGUUAGGAGUAAUAUGUCAAUUAUUUCACAAGAUCCGGUAUUGUUUGGUGCAUCAGUGCAUUAUAAUUUAGAUUCAUUUAAACAAUAUAAUGAUGAUAAGAUAUAGAAGUCAUUAAAACAAGUUCCACUAAAGAAUGUAAUUGAUAGUCUUAAAGGAAGAUUGGAGAGUAGUGUAAGUGAAGGAGGUGCCAACUUUACUGUGGGACAAAGGCAAUUGCUCUGUUUAGCCAGAGCUCUCCUUCAAAACAACAAUAUUAUCAUAUUAGAUGAAGCCACUGCUAA